GAGACAUCAACUUUGUCCAUCUGGAUUUCCCUAAAUCUAUACAACUAUUAUAGAUUAGCAAUUUGCGUUUGUUGAGGACCACUUGUGUUACACUGCUUACCAUUCUACCUGCAAUUGAGCUAGCCUACGGAAGCACAGUAUUUCCAUUCCCUUGAAACUCGUGACAAUGCAAGUCAGCGCGCGGGCGGCAACGGCGUCCGCAAGUGCAGCCGCUGGUGCAGCUCGAUGCGCUGCGUUGUUACAACCCCUUUCCCCUAUCCUAUCCCCAACACCCUUUACAUCAUCGCUUAAGUUCCCUAUUCGUGCUCGCUUAAGAGACUUUACCUGCGCACCACGCACCAUGGCAUGUCCAUCACUAUCCACUCCCAUCUCUUCCGCCAGAACAUGGCGAGGCGCGGGUCUUGCUCUGCUAAGGAGCACCAUGGCAGGCUCAGUGCCCUCUCCGCGUCUGCUGGGUUCGGCUCCAAGUCGGGGGCUGGCCUGCCGCAGCACGGCGACAGCUGCCGCUGCUGUUCAGACAUCCACGACAGCUGGAUCCGAGACCUCUUCCCCCGCCGCCUCCCCCCUCUCCGACUACGAGGCGGUCAUUGGCAUCGAGUGCCACGUGCAGCUGGCCACCGCCUCCAAGGCCUUCUGCGGCUGCCCCUCCCUGUUCGGGUCGGAACCCAACACCCACGUUUGCCCCGUGUGUAUGGGGCACCCGGGCACGCUCCCCGCCCUCAACGCCGGUAUGGUGACUCUGGCGGUGCGGGCGGGGCUGGCACUGGGCUGCCGCAUCGCGCCGCGAUCCAAGUUCGACCGCAAGCAGUACUUCUACCCCGACCUGCCCAAGGGCUACCAGAUCAGCCAGUACGACGAGCCCAUCUGCAGCGGGGGGCAGCUGGAGGUGGAGGUGGACGGGGAGGUGAAGAGUUUCGGCAUCAUCCGCGCGCACCUGGAGGAGGACGCGGGCAAGAUCGUGUACGCGGGGGCGGAGCGGCUGAGCGGCGCGGACUACUCGCUGGUGGACUUCAACAGGGCGGGCGUCCCCCUGCUUGAGAUCGUGUCCGCCCCCGACAUGCGCAGCGGGAGGGACGCGGCGGCGUACGGCGAGGAGCUGCGGCGGGUGCUGCGGACGUGCGGCGUGACGGACGGGAACAUGGCGGAGGGGAGCAUGAGGGUCGACGUCAACGUGAGUGUUCGCCCCCGCGGCAGCCCCACGUACGGCACCCGGGUGGAGAUCAAGAACAUGAACAGCUUCAGCAACAUGCAGAAGGCAAUCGACUACGAGAUUGAGCGACAGGUUUCCCUGCUGCGCUCGGGUCGCGGUGCCGAAGUGGUUCAGGAGACUCGGCUGUGGGAUGAGAUCCGGCUGCACACCACCACCAUGCGCAAGAAGGAGGGACUGGCGGACUACCGCUACUUCCCCGAGCCCGACCUGCCCCCCCUGGAGGUGUCGCAGGAGUUCAUUGAGCAAGUGCGGUCCUCCCUCCCCGAGCUGCCCGCCGCCCGUCGCGCCCGCUACCUGUCCCUGGGCCUCACUCGGGGGGAUGUUGCCGUACUGGCGGACGAGGAGGCCACGUCAGCGCUGUUCGAUGCCGUACUGGCACUGGGGGCGCCGGUACGGCAGGCGGCGAACUGGAUCCAGGGGGACAUCAUGGCGUACUGCAAGGAGACCAAGACCAGCAUGUCCGGGUGGUCCCUGUCCCCCUCCGCGCUGGCCGAGAUGAUUGGACUGAUCGAGGGCGGAGUCAUCAGCGGCAAGAUCGCCAAGGAGGUGCUGCCGGACCUGCUGCAGGGGAGGGGCAACGGAGGUGUUCGCGCCUACAUUGAGUCGCGGGGCCUGCUGAUGAUCAGCGACCAGGCGGCGGUGGAGCAGCUGGUGGGGCGGGUGCUGGAAGCCAACCCAAAGCAGCUAGCGGAGUACCGGGGGGGCAAGACCAAGCUGCAGGGGUUCUUCGAGGGCCAAGUGAUGCGCGAGUCCAAGGGCCGGGUCAACCCGGGGCUAAUGAAGGAGGUGCUGAUGAGGAUGCUCAGGGGGGAG